CGCGACAGGUGCUAACAGUUAGUUAGUUUAGCUUCUUUUCAAAGGCGGCGCGACGCUUCAAGUUACUCUCACUAUUACGCACACACCUCUCUCCGUCUCACCUUCUUACUUUGCAUUGCCAAAAUUCCUUUAUAUUUUUUGCAAGUUUUUAAACGCGGUUUUUUUUUCAUUUAUGCUUUGUUCUUAUGCCAAAAGGUUUAAUGCAUGUACGUGUUAUAUUUUUAUAAUAUAUAUUUUCAAGUGCAACGCUUAAAGUGUAAACAUGAAAUUGAUUUUCAAUAAGCGGACCAUUCUAUGGCUGCUGGUGGCCGUCCUAAUGGUCACAGGUCUAACGCUUGGACUGGUUUUCGGGCUCCGCUCGCAUGAGACGCGCUACAUCAGCGGCGCCGUUGUGUCCAACGGGAUUGGUUGUGCCGACAUUGGUGGCAACGUUUUGGAAGAUGGCGGCUCUGCAGUCGACGCAGCCAUUGCCACUCUUCUCUGCGAGGGCAUAAUGCUGCCACAAUCGAUGGGCAUAGGCGGUGGAUUUGUGGCCACCAUUUAUACGCGAAAUUCGCGUAAAGUUGAAACAUUGAUAGCACGUGAAUCGGCACCUACAGCGGCGCACAAGGAUAUGUUCGUGGGACAAAAGGAAGUGACCGGCGCUCGAGCAGCGGCAGUGCCUGGCGAAAUAUUGGGCUACUGGGAAAUGCAUCAGAAAUAUGGCAAGUUGCCCUGGAAGCGGCUGUUCCAACCUGCUAUUAAGCUUGCGCGCGAUGGACAUGUAGUCUCGCGUUAUUUGGCCGCUGCCAUAAAAUCCAAGUUGAAGCAGAUCCAAAACGAUGCGGCACUCUCGGAUAUGUUUCUCGAUGCACAGGGUCAGCCCGUUAAGGAGAACGACUAUAUAAAGCGCGUCGCUUUUGCGGAUACGUUGGAGCGCAUUGCUGACAAUGGUGCUGAUGAGCUUUACAAUGGUGGCGAAACGGCUAGAAAGAUGGUCGAGGAUGUUAAGGCUCUCGGAGGUAUUAUAACAAUCGAUGAUCUCAAGAACUAUAAAGUGCGCUGGGAGAGCGAUGGCCACAUUUCGGCCAAAGUAACUGGUGGCUAUACGCUGUAUACCACACCAUUACCAUCAAGUGGCCCCUUGCUGGCUUUUAUGUUGAACAUUCUUUCCGAUUUGUAUACGACAAACGAGGCAGUUUACUGGCAACGUGUGGUUGAAGCUUUUAAGCAUGGCUAUGGACAGCGCUCCAAUUUGGGAGACUAUGAGAACGAUCCAGAGACUGGACACGCCAUAAAGGCGCAGCUGGAAAAGAUGCUGGGAAAGGAGCUGGUGCAGAGUGUGCGCGCCUUAAUACAUGAUAAUAGCACAUCACAGGAUUUUGUGUACUAUGGAGCUAACUUUACCGUCGAGCCAGAUCAUGGCACAGCGCACAUGAGCGUAUUGGCGCCAAAUGGCGAUGCAAUUUCAAUAACCAGCACCAUAAAUACAUACUUUGGCUGCAAGGUGGGCUCGAAGCAAACAGGUAUUAUAUUGAACGAUGAAAUGGACGAUUUCUCCACACCGGGAGUAGUGAAUGCCUUUGGUGUGCCCUCUUCACCGGCGAACUAUAUAUUUCCUAGUAAGCGUCCUAUGUCAUCAAUGAGUCCAGUUGUUGUUGUUGAUCCGGAGGGGAAUGUACGUUUAUUGGUUGGUGCUGCAGGCGGUACUAAGAUAACAACCAGCGUCGCUGGGGUCAUUAUAAAAUACUUAAUACUUGGCGAAACCAUGUCGCAUGCUGUGAAUGAUCCACGCUUACAUCAUCAGCUCAUACCUAUGCGUGUUGACUAUGAGGCAAAUCUGAAGAGCUCAAUUGUAUCGCAACUUAAAUUAGCUGGCCACGUAGUGCAACAGCAACCAGGUGACUCUGGUUUUGCAGCUGUUACGGCCAUAGGCGUUAAGGGUGAACCGGAACCAUUCUAUGAUGGGCGUCGUGUGGGCAGCGUUUUUACAAUGACUUCCACCAAGAAGAUUAAAAAUUAAUUAUGUAUUAGUUUAACUGCCGUAUCGGUGGUUUAUAUUGUUGCAUUUAAUGCCUGAUGGACGAUUUUGUCAUUUUAAUUUAUUGAACUUUUCUAGGCUCCACAUCGACAUGCCAUUCAAAUUUAAUGUAAAUACAACUAGCUCAUGCAAUUUAUCUACAUAGCAUAUUGGUAUACAUAUGUAUA